GCACUGUUCAUCUCCCCCCAACGAAAGUGUUCUGCACAGUACAAGUAUAAGCGCGGCACAGUAGGCGGCCCGUGAAACUCUUGAUGACAAACGCUCACCAAUCGGGCGUCUGACAGUGUUCCAUUCAAAGCGACGAUUCACUAGCACUCUCUCACCUUCAAGCACACAAGAGUAUUAAAGUGUCCACGGUGGGAACCACGCAAGGCUGCCUGGACUUCAGCUUUGAUCAGUUUCCAAAACCAAGCAGCUAAUGUUCAUUUCAACCCUUGCCAAAACAGUUUUUGGAGCACAAAAAGCACAAAUGACGCGCGCAGCUGUUGUCAGUGUUUCUCAUGGCGGAGGUCCCAUGCCCGUCUUAGGAGACCCAGGCCAUGCCAGCAUCGUCAAGUCGCUCAAGAAAAGAGUCCCCGAGAUCCUCCGGUUGGGGACACCGGAGGCUCCUCGGGCCAUCGUGGUCGUGACAGCACACUGGUCGGAAGCUCAACCAACCAUAUCUUCUGGCCGCUCACACUCACUUUACUAUGACUAUGGCGGUUUUCCGAGGGAGGCUUAUCAACUGAAAUAUCCCGCGCCAGGAUCGCCCGAGGUAGCAGGCGAGGUCAAGAAGGCGCUCGAGAAUGUUGGUCUCAAGCCCGUGCUCAACGAGAAGCGUGGCUGGGACCACGGCGUUUUCAUCCCCUUCAUGCUCAUCAAUCCGGCUGCGGAUGUCCCCAUAGUGCAGCUGUCUGUGCUCCAGAGCGAGGAUCCCGAGGAGCAUAUCCGCAUGGGCCGGGCGCUGUCCACCCUGCGCGACUCCAACGUGGCAAUCGUGGGUUCCGGCUUCGCGUCCUUGCACGACUUCGCGCUCAUGAGACCGCUGAUGAGCGGCGACGCUUCGGCCGUGGGCCACAUCAAGACCGUGACCAGCGAGUUCAACAAGGUCUUGACGGACGUUGUGCAGGAGAAGGACUCGCAAGAGAGGGCAAGGAAGUUAGCUGAGUGGAGAAAGUUCCCAAGAGCAUAUGACAUACACCCGAGGUACGGUGCCGAGCAUUUCAUGCCGCUGCUUGUUUGUGCUGGGGCAGGCGGCGAUGAGAAGGCGGGAGCUUAUAAGGACGAUUUUGGAGGAGUGGACAUUUGGUCGUAUUUUUGGUCAUGAGAGUCUCACGUGGACUGAUGCAGAUGAUAGAAUGAUGGAUUGGACUUUAACAAUCUUUUGUCUUUUGGACCGUGCAUGCCUAUGGCACAGACUACCCUAGGGUAUAUACCUUGGUAUUCUGCGGCUAG